AUGAAAGAAAUAGAUGAUAUUGUGGGACAAUUGUGUGAUAAAAUUAUUAAUGAAUUUCAAAAACAUGAUAAAAAUGAAAAGUUUUUAGUAUGUUUGGCAGGACCUCCAGGAUCAGGAAAAUCAACAAUUUCAGAAUCUUUAGUUAAAGAAUUAAAUAAAAAAUUAAAAGAAAAUAAUAGUAAUAGUAAUAAUAAUAAUAAUAAUAAUUCAUCAUCACCAGCUGUUAUAAUACCAAUGGAUGGUUAUCAUUUAGAUAAUUGUAUUUUAAAAGAAAGAGAUUUAUUAAAUAGAAAAGGUUCACCACAAACUUUUGAUAUAGUUGGUUUCAUUCAUAUGCUAAAUAGAUUAAAAGAUCAAGGUGUAAAUAAUAAUAAUGAAAAUGAAAAUGAAAAUAAUGAUAUAAAUAAAUUAUCAAUUUAUAUACCAACAUUUGAUAGAGAUAUAGACUUAUCUAAAAAUGCUUCUUUUACUGUUACAACUUCAAACAGUUUAUUAAUUGUUGAAGGAAAUUAUUUAUUAUUAAAUCAAGAACCUUGGUGUAAAUUAAAAAAAUUAUUUAAUAUUUGUAUAUAUGUUCAAGUAGAAUUACCAUGUUUAGAGAAAAGAUUAAUAAAAAGAUGGACCACCCACAAUCAUAAUCUUGAAGCAGCAACAACAAGAGCACUUUCAAAUGAUAUUCCAAAUGCUAUAUUAGUUUCUAAUAAUUCAAAUUUAGAAAAUGUUUUGGUAAUUGAAAAUAAUGAUAAAUAA